CUAACCAAACGGCAUGCGUAAUUAAAACAUCGCUGUUUUAGUCAGCUUUUUGUUUGGCCGAUAAAAAUCUCGUUUCUCUUUCCCUCGUUACAGUUUCCAUUCCAUUCGUUUGCCCUAGGAAGUAAAACGGAAUGUUCCCAAAGCCACAGGAACGAAAACGCAUCUCAGAAAAGUGCUUUUUAAGAUAUUGAUAUUGAAUCGUCAGAUUAGCUCCCUUCCUCUCUCUUUCCCUCUUCCUUCCAUAUGCUUUUAUGCUCAUAUAUAAACACAUCUGUUUAAUCUAUGGUUAGAUUCUAGAGGGUAAGAAGCAAUUAUAGAGGGUGAAAGAGGACAUAAAUUUAUAGGAUAGAGAGAGAGAGAAAAAAUGGCUCCGACUGCUGUCGCCACUGGAGCGACCAAACAGGCGGAACAACUCAGGCAAGACGGCAACACUUACUUUAAGAAAGAUCGUUUUGGUGCUGCCAUUGAUGCUUAUACCGAGGCGAUUACCUUGUGCCCUAAUGUUCCGAUAUAUUGGACCAAUCGCGCCUUAUGCCAUCGCAGGCGAAAUGAUUGGACGAAAGUGGAGGAGGAUUGUAGGAGAGCUAUUCAGCUUGAUCACAAUUCUGUCAAGGCCCAUUAUAUGCUUGGGCUUGCUUUAUUACAGAGGGAAGAAUUUGCUGAAGGAGUCAAGGAACUAGAAAAAGCUUUGGAUCUUGGGAGGGGGGCAAACCUCGAGAGUUAUAUGGUAGAGGAGAUAUGGCAGGAGCUUGCAAAUGCAAAAUACCUGGAGUGGGAGCAUGAUUCAAACAAGCGUUCAUGGGAACUGCAAAGCUUGAAAGAAGCCUGUGAGUCAGCUCUUAAAGAAAAACAUUUUCUUGACCCAUCUCAAACGGAAGGGUUUUCUGAAGAAGCUGCUGCUUCCAAUUUAGCAGAGUUGGAGGCUUUGGAACAAGUGUUCGAGAAAGCUGCAGAAGCUGACUUGCCAACGGAGGUGCCAGAUUACCUAUGUUGUAAAAUAACUCUUGAUAUAUACCGAGAUCCCGUCAUUACUCCAAGUGGGGUUACAUAUGAAAGGGCAGUGAUCCUUGAUCAUCUCCACAAGGUGGGCAACUUUGAUCCAAUCACGCGUGACCCUCUUUACUCGUCUCAGCUGAUACCAAAUUUGGCCAUAAAAGAAGCAGUCCAAGCAUUUCUAGACAAGCAUGGUUGGGCUUACAAGACGGAUUGAGAGUUUAAUUUGUUAACGGUGAAAAGGAAGAUUUGAUCCGGGUGCCAAAUGGGGGCAGAGCCAAAUUCCGUUUCUUUUUGUUGUACGUCAUAGUUAUCCUUUUGAUGCAUUAGCAUUAGCAAUCAUGUUACGCGAUUAAUCUGUAUGUUUUUGAUGUGUAAUCUCCAUAUUUCGCUAAUUGUAUAGUGCGAUGCCCUUCAUAUGAGAUGUGAGCUCCUCUAUCGUGUUCUUGAAUUGUAUAGAUUAUCAAAUAGUCUAGUUAAUGUCCUAUGUACAGUUUACUGCAACAUUGCUUAGAAGCUAUGGUGAGUGGUGUUUCGCACCUCUUUGUAAUAGAACAACUAAGAGGAGUGGUCUCUUUUUUGUUUUUUUGGACUGGAUUGCUAUGAUAAUGAUCAUUUUUAUCUA